UUUUCGAAUUUCAUAAUUCAAAUUCUUUUUUCAUAUUUUUCUUCAGGAUAUGGAGUUCAGUGUUUUUGAUGGAAUCAACUCAAGUAUACCUUUUAAAGGAGGACGCAAGUAUGCAACAGUUCAAAUACCAUACAACUCAACAAACAAAAUAACAGGAGCUGGGGCAAUUAUUAGCUUACAUAAUCCUCAAAAUCUUAGUGGACAUCAAUUUAGUGCUGGUCGUAUUAAGGUUCAAAAUGGAAUCGAAAGUAUACAAGUCGGUUGGAUAGUGAAUCCACAUGUCUAUGGAGACACUCAUACGCGAUUAUACAUAUAUUUAAAGACAGAAAAAUUAGCUUGUUUUAAUACACGAUGUCCUGGAUUUAUUCAUAUAAAUACUGCAAUACCUUUAGAUGGAGAUCUUCCUGCCUCUACUUAUGGUGGACCUAUUUAUGAUGUACCAAUGUACAUUGCUCGUGAUAUGUCAAAUGGAAAUUGGUGGUUUAAAUUUGGAACAAACUAUACAUCAGUUGGAUUUUGGCCAUCAAAGAUAUUUACAAAGUUAAAUGAAUUUGCAACAAGUGUAGAAUAUGGAGGAAUCGUAUAUAGUCCACCAGGUGUACCAGAACCUUCUAUGGGCGGUGGCUAUUUUCCAGUUGGAGAUUUGAACAAAGAUGGAUAUUGUAAGAAUAGUACCUAUUUAACAGAUAAAAAUGAAACUAAAUCUUUAGAUGAUAUUGAAGUGAAAUUAUAUGCAAAUAGUCCAAAUUUGUAUAGAGUUGCUGAUUUUCCAAACUCUGGGGUUGAGUCUGGUAAUUUAGUCCUAUAUGGAGGACCAGGUGAACAUAUGUAUAAGAAACAUAGAGAUAUUUGA